UUUCGUAGGGUAAAUGGAAAAACAAGGAGCGAGUGCUUAUUUUCUCUUCUCGUGGAAUUAAUUUCAGAACAAGGCACCUAAUGCAAGACUUAAGGACGUUGAUGCCCCACUCUAAAGCAGAUACUAAAAUGGACCGUAAAGACCAGUUGUCUGUAAUUAAUGAGGUGUGUGAAAUGAAAAACUGCAAUAAGUGCAUCUUUUUUGAAGCCAAAAAGAAACAGGAUCUCUAUAUGUGGCUUUCAAAUACGCCACAGGGACCAUCAGCUAAAUUCUUAGUGCAGAACGUUCACACACUGGCUGAAUUGAAGAUGACAGGCAACUGCCUAAGGGGCUCACGGCCCCUUUUGUCUUUUGAUCCGACAUUCGACAAGGAGCCACACUAUGCCCUACUAAAAGAAUUGUUUAUUCAGAUAUUUAGUACACCACAGUAUCACCCCAAAAGCCAGCCUUUCGUAGAUCAUGUUUUCACCUUCACCAUUACAGAUGAGAGGAUCUGGUUUCGGAAUUACCAGAUAAUAGAAGAAGAUGCAUCUCUAGUGGAAAUUGGGCCUCGUUUUGUCCUGAACCUCAUAAAAAUCUUCCAGGGUAGCUUUGGAGGACCGACUCUGUAUGAAAAUCCCCAUUACCAGUCGCCAAAUAUGCAUCGACGGCUGUUAAGAUUAUCAGUGGCAGCUAAGUUAAGAGAGAAACAGCAGGUGAAGGAAGCACAACAGAUUAAGAAAAAAGGGAGUAAGAUGCUUGUUGAAGAAGAUCCCACUGAAGUGGUCUUCGAAACUCCAGCUGAAGAAAAGCCAGUGGAAAUACAGUUUGUGAAACCAGAGUCAAAGCCAAUUGUUAAAGAUAAAAAGAAGCUACGCAAAAUUCAGAGGAAGAAGCAGAAAAAGCUUUUCAGAACUGAAGCAUCGGCAUAAAUGUUAGAAGUGAAGAAACUAAGCAGACUCCAGAGUCACAUUAGUCUGGUAUAGGUAUACCUAGCUAUGUUUCAUAUCCAUAUUGACACAAUAUUGUAAAUACUUGUUUUUACAGGCAAAAAUUACUGGACUUCAGUUUUAAGUAAAGAAACUAUAAAUUUCUUUAUU